GUGUCUGGGCAGCGAUCUCUUCUGCUGUUUGGAUGCAGCUCUCUUCUCCCCUCCUCCUUUGUUAGUCCCCAGGUCUGCCGUCUCUGCGGGGGGCAUGUAUGCGAGUUCUCUUACUGAUUGCCAGAAAUUUCUUUUCCACGGUGUGGGCAGGAGACAGAUUUUUUUUUUUUAAUUGUCUCUCUUCUCUUUUAUUUAUUUUGUUCUCCGUUUCUGUCCCUCACCUCCGCCUGCCUUCCUUCCCAGUCCCUUCUGUGGAUUCCUCCUUCCUCCUUCAAUUUCACCAUCUCUCCGCCCGCGUCUUCGCCCUCCCUCCCCCACCUCUUUGCUCUUUUAAAAUAAUUCGAUGAUGUAUCGGGAAUACUAGCACACCCUCUUCAUUCAGCUGAGCGCGGGACUCUGCAUUAAUUCAAGAGCAAUGUUCUGUGAUGGUGCCGGAGAUGCGUGGACUGAGCCCAGACCGCAGGCUGCCCGAGCCCGCCCCCUGCCCGGCUGCGGGGAGCCCUGAGCCCGGGGCCGUGGGCCACCGCCGCCGCCACGUGCUGGCCCUGCCGGAGGAGGAGGCAUGGCGGCCUCAGCAGUGCACCCUGCUCGAGGCCGAGGCCUCGGACGAGGUGGGCAUGCUGCCGGCCUCCCCGCGUGCCGCCUCCGGCUUCGACAACUACUUCCCGGUGCAGGAGGGCGAGGGCCCGGGCUGGGAGGGCGCCGUGGCGCUGGAGGCGGGCUGCGGCCCCUUCCUCCCGGUGAGCCCCGAGGUCAUGAAGCGGCGGCGCGGGGGCCUCAUCGAGCAGCGCGACAUCAUCAAGGCCCACGAGGCGCACAAGAUGCAGAGCACCCCGCAGGCCCGGCGCAAGGAAUGGGAGAUGGCUCGCUUCGGGGAGGCGGUGGUCGCCAGGCCGGGGUCGGGCGAUGGAGACUCGGACCAGAGCAGGAACCGGCAAGGAACCCCCGUGCCGGCCUCGGGGCAGGCAGCCGCCUACAAGCAGACGAAAGCGCAGAGGGCGCGGACUAUGGCUUUGUACAACCCCAUUCCCGUCCGGCAGAACUGUUUCACCGUCAACAGAUCCCUGUUCAUCUUCGGAGAAGAAAACAUUGUCAGGAAAUAUGCCAAGAAGCUCAUCGAUUGGCCGCCGUUUGAGUACAUGAUUCUGGCUACCAUCAUCGCCAACUGCAUAGUCCUCGCUCUGGAGCAGCAUCUUCCUGAGGACGACAAGACCCCCAUGUCCCGAAGGCUGGAGAAGACAGAACCUUAUUUUAUUGGGAUAUUUUGCUUUGAAGCUGGGAUCAAAAUUGUGGCCCUGGGAUUCAUCUUCCAUAAGGGCUCGUACCUCCGCAAUGGCUGGAAUGUCAUGGACUUCAUUGUGGUCCUCAGUGGCAUCCUGGCCACUGCGGGAACCCACUUCAACACUCAUGUGGACCUGAGGACCCUCCGGGCUGUGCGUGUCCUGCGGCCCUUGAAGCUCGUGUCAGGGAUACCUAGCCUGCAGAUUGUGUUGAAGUCCAUCAUGAAGGCCAUGGUACCUCUUCUGCAGAUUGGCCUUCUGCUCUUCUUUGCCAUCCUGAUGUUCGCUAUCAUUGGCCUGGAGUUCUACAGUGGGAAGUUACACCGGGCGUGCUUCAUGAACAAUUCAGGUAUUCUGGAAGGAUUUGACCCCCCUCACCCAUGUGGCGUGCAGGGCUGCCCCGCUGGUUAUGAAUGCAAGGACUGGAUCGGCCCCAAUGAUGGGAUCACCCAGUUUGAUAACAUCCUCUUUGCUGUGCUGACUGUCUUCCAGUGCAUCACCAUGGAAGGGUGGACCACCGUGCUGUACAAUACCAAUGAUGCCUUAGGAGCCACCUGGAAUUGGCUGUACUUCAUCCCCCUCAUCAUCAUUGGAUCCUUCUUUGUUCUCAACCUAGUCCUGGGCGUGCUUUCCGGGGAAUUUGCCAAAGAGAGAGAGAGAGUGGAGAACCGAAGGGCUUUCAUGAAGCUGCGGCGCCAGCAGCAGAUUGAGCGCGAGCUGAAUGGCUACCGGGCCUGGAUAGACAAAGCAGAGGAAGUCAUGCUCGCUGAAGAAAAUAAAAAUGCUGGAACAUCCGCCUUAGAAGUGCUUCGAAGGGCAACCAUCAAAAGGAGCCGGACAGAGGCCAUGACCCGAGACUCCAGUGAUGAGCACUGUGUUGAUAUCUCCUCUGUGGGCACACCUCUGGCUCGAGCCAGUAUCAAAAGUGCAAAGGUAGAUGGGGUCUCUUAUUUCCGGCACAAGGAAAGGCUUCUUCGCAUCUCCAUUCGCCACAUGGUUAAAUCCCAGGUGUUUUACUGGAUUGUCCUGAGCCUUGUGGCACUCAACACUGCCUGUGUGGCCAUCGUUCAUCACAACCAGCCCCAGUGGCUCACCCACCUCCUCUACUAUGCAGAAUUUCUGUUUCUGGGACUCUUCCUCUUGGAGAUGUCCCUGAAGAUGUAUGGCAUGGGGCCUCGCCUUUAUUUUCACUCUUCAUUCAACUGCUUUGAUUUUGGGGUCACAGUGGGCAGUAUAUUUGAAGUGGUCUGGGCAAUCUUCAGACCUGGUACAUCUUUUGGAAUCAGUGUCUUGCGAGCCCUCCGGCUUCUAAGAAUAUUUAAAAUAACCAAGUAUUGGGCUUCCCUACGGAAUUUGGUGGUCUCCUUGAUGAGCUCAAUGAAGUCUAUCAUCAGUUUACUUUUCCUCCUCUUCCUCUUCAUCGUUGUCUUUGCUCUCCUGGGAAUGCAGUUAUUUGGAGGCAGGUUUAACUUUAAUGAUGGGACUCCUUCAGCAAACUUUGACACCUUCCCUGCAGCCAUCAUGACCGUGUUCCAGAUCCUGACGGGUGAGGACUGGAAUGAGGUGAUGUACAAUGGAAUCCGCUCCCAGGGCGGGGUCAGCUCAGGCAUGUGGUCUGCCAUCUACUUCAUUGUGCUCACCUUGUUUGGCAACUACACGCUACUGAAUGUGUUCUUGGCUAUCGCUGUGGAUAAUCUGGCCAAUGCCCAGGAGCUGACCAAGGAUGAACAGGAGGAAGAAGAGGCCUUCAACCAGAAACAUGCACUGCAGAAGGCCAAGGAGGUCAGCCCGAUGUCUGCACCCAACAUGCCUUCGAUCGAAAGAGACAGAAGGAGAAGACACCACAUGUCGAUGUGGGAGCCACGCAGCAGCCACCUGAGGGAGCGGAGGCGCCGGCACCACAUGUCGGUGUGGGAGCAGCGCACCAGCCAGCUGAGGAAGCACAUGCAGAUGUCCAGCCAGGAGGCCCUCAACAGGGAGGAGGUGUCAUCCAUGAACCCGCUCAACCCGCUUAGCCCCCUCAACCCACUCAACGCUCACCCCAGCCUUUAUCGGAGACCCAGGGCCAUCGAGGGCCUGGCCCUGGGCCUAGCACUGGAGAAGUUCGAUGAGGAGCGCAUCAGCCGUGGCGGGUCCCUCAAGGGGGAGGGUGGGGACCGAUCCGGUGCCCUGGACAACCAGAGGACCCCCUUGUCCCUGGGCCAGCGGGAGCUGCCGUGGCUGGCCAGGUCCUGUCAUGGGAACUGUGACCCGACUCAGCAGGAGGCUGGAGGAGGAGAGGCUGUGGUGACCUUUGAGGACCGGGCCAGGCACAGGCAGAGCCAGCGGCGUAGCCGGCAUCGCCGCGUCAGGACGGAAGGCAAGGAGUCCUCCUCGGCCUCCCGGAGCAGGUCUGCCAGCCAGGAACGCAGUCUAGAUGAAGCCGUGCCCACUGAAGGGGAGAAGGACCAUGAGCUCAGGGGCAACCAUGGUGCCAAGGAGCCGACGAUACAAGAAGAGAGAGGCCAGGACUUGAGGAGGACUAACAGUCUAAUGUUGUCCAGGGGCUCCAGGCUGGCAGGAGCCCUUGAUGAGGCAAACACCCCCCUAGUCCCGCCCCAUCCUGAGCUGGAAGUGGGGAAGGACGCGGUGCUGACGGAGCAGGAGGCUGAAGGCAGCAGUGAGCAGGCCCUGCUGGGGGAUGUGCAGCUAGACAUGGGCCGGGUCAUCAGCCACAGCGAGCCCGACCUCUCCUGCAUCACGGCCAACACGGACAAGGCCACCACCGACAGCACCAGUGUCACCGUCGCCAUCCCCGACGUGGGCCCCUUGGUGGACUCAACCGUGGUGCACAUUAGCAACAAGACGGAUGGGGAAGCCAGUCCCUUGAAGGAGGCAGAGAUCAGAGAGGAUGAGGAGGAGGUGGAGAACAAGAAGCAGAAGAAGGAGAAACGUGAGACAGGCAAAGCCAUGGUGCCCCACAGCUCAAUGUUCAUCUUCAGCACCACCAACCCCAUCCGGAGGGCCUGCCACUAUAUCGUGAACCUGCGCUACUUCGAGAUGUGCAUCCUCCUGGUGAUCGCGGCCAGCAGCAUCGCCCUGGCGGCAGAGGACCCCGUCCUGACAAACUCGGAGCGCAACAAAGUCCUGAGGUAUUUUGACUAUGUGUUCACGGGCGUGUUCACCUUUGAGAUGGUUAUAAAGAUGAUAGACCAAGGCUUGAUCCUGCAGGAUGGGUCCUACUUCCGAGACCUGUGGAACAUUCUGGACUUUGUGGUGGUAGUUGGCGCAUUGGUGGCCUUUGCUCUGGCGAACGCUUUGGGAACCAACAAAGGACGGGACAUCAAGACCAUCAAGUCUCUGCGGGUGCUCCGGGUUCUAAGGCCACUGAAAACCAUCAAGCGCUUGCCCAAGCUCAAGGCCGUCUUCGACUGCGUGGUGACCUCCUUGAAGAAUGUCUUCAACAUACUCAUUGUCUACAAGCUCUUCAUGUUCAUCUUUGCUGUCAUCGCAGUUCAGCUCUUCAAGGGAAAGUUCUUUUAUUGCACAGACAGUUCCAAGGACACAGAGAAGGAGUGCAUAGGCAACUAUGUAGAUCAUGAGAAAAAUAAGAUGGAGGUGAAGGGCCGGGAAUGGAAGCGCCACGAAUUCCACUAUGACAACAUUAUCUGGGCCCUGCUGACCCUCUUCACCGUCUCCACAGGGGAAGGAUGGCCUCAAGUUCUGCAGCACUCCGUAGAUGUGACAGAGGAAGACCGAGGCCCAAGCCGCAGCAACCGCAUGGAGAUGUCGAUCUUUUAUGUGGUCUACUUCGUGGUCUUCCCUUUCUUCUUUGUCAAUAUCUUUGUGGCUCUCAUCAUCAUCACCUUCCAGGAGCAAGGGGAUAAGAUGAUGGAGGAGUGCAGCCUGGAGAAGAACGAGAGGGCGUGCAUUGACUUCGCCAUCAGUGCCAAACCUCUCACCCGCUACAUGCCGCAGAACAGGCACACCUUCCAGUACCGCGUGUGGCACUUUGUGGUGUCCCCGUCCUUCGAGUACACCAUUAUGGCCAUGAUCGCUUUGAACACCGUCGUGCUGAUGAUGAAGUAUUACUCUGCUCCUUGUACCUAUGAGCUGGCGCUGAAGUACCUGAAUAUUGCCUUCACCAUGGUGUUUUCCCUGGAAUGCGUCCUGAAGGUCAUCGCUUUUGGCUUUUUGAACUAUUUCCGAGACACCUGGAAUAUCUUUGACUUCAUCACCGUGAUUGGCAGUAUCACAGAAAUUAUCCUGACAGACAGCAAGCUGGUGAACACCAGUGGCUUCAAUAUGAGUUUUCUGAAGCUCUUCCGAGCUGCCCGCCUCAUAAAGCUCCUGCGUCAGGGCUAUACCAUACGCAUUUUGCUGUGGACCUUUGUGCAGUCCUUUAAGGCCCUCCCUUACGUCUGCCUUUUAAUUGCCAUGCUUUUCUUCAUUUAUGCCAUCAUUGGGAUGCAGGUAUUUGGAAACAUAAAAUUAGAUGAGGAGAGUCACAUCAACCGGCACAACAACUUCCGGAGUUUCUUUGGGUCCCUAAUGCUGCUGUUCAGGAGUGCCACAGGUGAGGCCUGGCAGGAGAUCAUGCUGUCCUGCCUCGGGGAGAAGGGCUGUGAGCCAGACACCACCGCACCAUCAGGGCAGAAUGAGAACGAGCGCUGUGGCACCGAUCUGGCCUACGUGUACUUUGUCUCCUUCAUCUUCUUCUGCUCCUUCUUGAUGCUCAACCUGUUCGUGGCCGUCAUCAUGGACAACUUUGAGUACCUGACUCGGGACUCCUCCAUCCUGGGGCCUCACCACUUGGACGAGUUCGUCCGUGUCUGGGCAGAAUAUGACCGAGCAGCAUGCGGCAGGAUCCCGUAUAAGGAUAUGUACAAAUUAGUGCGGGUGAUCUCGCCUCCUCUGGGCCUGGGAGAGAACUGCCCCUACAGGGUGGCUUGCAAGAGGCUGGUCCUGAUGAACAUGCCAGUAGCUGAGGACAUGACGGUACACUUCACCUCCACGCUUAUGGCUCUGAUCCGGACAGCUCUGGACAUUAAAAUUGCCAAAGGUGGUGCAGACAGGCAGCAGCUAGACUCGGAGCUACAAAAGGAGACCCUAGCCAUCUGGCCCCACCUAUCCCAGAAGAUGCUGGAUCUGCUUGUGCCCAUGCCCAAAGCCUCUGACCUGACUGUGGGCAAAAUCUAUGCAGCAAUGAUGAUCAUGGACUACUAUAAGCAGAGUAAGGUGAAGAAGCAGAGGCAGCAGCUGGAGGAACAGAAAAAUGCCCCCAUGUUCCAGCGCAUGGAGCCCUCAUCUCUGCCUCAGGAGAUUAUUGCUAAUGCCAAAGCCCUGCCUUACCUCCAGCAGGACCCCGUUUCAGGCCUGAGUGGCCGGACUGGAUAUCCUUCGAUGAGUCCACUCUCUCCACAGGAGAUAUUCCAGUUGGCUUGUAUGGACCCUGCUGAUGAUGGACAGUUCCAGGAACAGCAGUCUCUGGAGCCAGAGGUUAGUGAAUUAAAAAGCGUGCAGCCCUCUAACCGUGGCAUCUACCUUCCUUCGGAUACCCAGGAGCAUGCGGGAUCUGGGAGGGCAUCUUCUAUGCCACGUCUGACUGUGGAUCCCCAGGUGGUGACAGACCCUAGCUCCAUGAGACGUUCAUUUUCCACUAUUCGGGAUAAGCGUUCAAAUUCCUCGUGGUUGGAGGAAUUUUCCAUGGAGCGAAGCAGUGAAAAUACCUACAAGUCCCGUCGCCGGAGUUACCACUCCUCCCUGCGGCUGUCAGCCCACCGUCUGAACUCUGAUUCAGGCCACAAGUCUGACACUCACCGCUCAGGGGGCAGGGAGAGGGGACGAUCGAAAGAGCGAAAGCAUCUUCUCUCUCCUGAUGUCUCCCGCUGCAAUUCAGAGGAGCGAGGGACCCAGGCUGACUGGGAGUCCCCAGAGCGCCGUCAAUCCAGGUCACCCAGUGAGGGCAGGUCACAGACGCCCAACCGACAGGGCACAGGUUCCCUAAGUGAGAGCUCCAUCCCCUCUGUCUCUGACACCAGCACCCCAAGAAGAAGUCGUCGGCAGCUCCCGCCCGUCCCCCCAAAGCCCCGGCCCCUCCUUUCCUACAGCUCCCUGAUUCGACAUGCGGGCAGCAUCUCUCCGCCUGCUGAUGGAAGCCAGGAGGGCUCCCCACUAACCUCCCAAGCCCUGGAGAGCAACAGCGCUUGCCUGACCGAGUCUUCCAACUCCCCGCACCCCCAGCAGGGCCAACACAUCUCCCCACAGCGCUACAUCUCCGAGCCCUACUUGGCCCAGCAUGAAGACUCCCACGCCUCAGACUGUGGCGAGGAGGAGACGCUCACUUUUGAAGCAGCUGUGGCUACUAGCCUGGGCCGUUCCAACACCAUCGGCUCUGCCCCACCCCUGCGGCACAGCUGGCAGAUGCCCAACGGGCACUAUCGGCGGCGGAGGCGUGGGGGGCCUGGGCCAGGCAUGAUGUGUGGGGCUGUCAACAACCUGCUGAGUGACACGGAAGAAGAUGACAAAUGCUAGAGGCUGCUCCCCCCUCCGAUGCAUGCUCUUCUGUCACAUGGAGAAAACCAAGACAGAAUUGGGAAGCCAGUGCGGCCCGGGGGGGAGGAAGAGGGAAAAGGAAGAUGGAAGGGACACCGUGCAUUAUCAGAGAAGAGGAAGUAAAGGACAAUCGGAACACCAGUCAAACCCACCAAAUUGCUUUAUUCCCCUUUGCAAGAUGGGCACUGCCAUAGUUCUGCCUCUUUGCUGGGGAAAGAAAACACAGGAGCGUGGAGGGUUAUUCCUGUGGAAGAAGGGACACGAGGAUGGCUUUGCUUCCCUUUGCCCCUUCCCACUCUUCUAAAAGCCGUGGAGGGAUUGAGCUGGCCUACGUCUACACUCAGUGCCCUGAGAAGCCCGGAAGACUUUCUGGCUCUUAACUGGGGAGUAGUGGAGACCAUAGGAGACGACUCUCCUCCCUCGCCAGCUCUUACGCCUCACCCAGCACCACUGCCACCGGGGCAACGGCAGCAGCAUCUCAUGCAUUGCCCUGUGGCUUGCUUCUGCCAGGGCGGCACAGGCUAAGUCAGGAACAUCGGAUGCCAGGGAGGGAGGAGAAAGCUGAAGCGAAAAGGGUCAGGGUGCUGAGGCAACAGCAGCAAGGGCUGGUCUGGGUGAGAAAAGCCACAGCCCGGCAGCCCCUACCAUGAGGGAGACGGUCAGAGAAACAGAACUGGUGGUGCUGGGGGCAUAGCACCCCAUCCCUGAGGCCUGUCACCCACACAGCAGGUGCCGAGUGUUAGGACAGGUCAGGAAGUCCCUCAGGGUCCACAGGGUGCCUGAGGCUCUGGUAAGGGUGAAGGUAAAAGUAUUGAACAACCGCUCUGGCAUCAGUGCAAGUGGAGUUUGGUCCUAGCGCUGGAUCCC